ACUGCAUAUAAAUUGCGUUCAUCUUUCAAACCGAACUCAGCUGAAGAGAGAACUUGAUCAAGCUUCUCUGGAAUAAUGGCUAAAGUUUUCCUCAUCGCUUGUAUCCUGUACGUUUUGUAUCUUGCCAACGCCGAAGUGGUCAAAUUUGAUGACUGUACUGGAGGUGAAGGCAAGGGAGAAAUCACCCAGCUUGAGGUUAUUCCAUGCCCAAAACAACCUUGUGAACUCAAGAAGGGCACUAAAGUCCAAGUCAAGGUCACUUUUGUACCACAUGAAGACCUGACGAGUGCAGUAUCUGUUGUCCAUGGAGAAAUUGGAGGCUUCCCAGUUCCUUUCCCAUUGCCGAAUCCUGAUUGCUGUAAGGAUAGUGGACUGAAAUGUCCAUUGAAGGCUGGUCAGAAAUAUGUAUACUCAAGUGCCCUGGAAAUCAAAUCUGCAUACCCAGCUAUCAAGGUCGCUGUCAAGUGGGAGAUGCAAGACCCGAAAAAACAAGAUGUCUUUUGUUUUGAAAUCGCAACUAAGAUUGUUAGUUAAGAGAUUUAUAUUUUAAACCAUCAGGUUUUGUCAAGGAUGUGUCGAAUAUAUUAUGAAAAAAUUAAAAGAAAAAAAAGAGAUUUUGGUAGUGGUAAAAA